AAGCCCCGCCGCCCGCUGACAGCUCUCGGCCGCCGCCGGGGCCCGAGCGGAGCCGGGCUGAGGCGGCAGGGCCGGGCCGGGCCGGGCGCCAUGGAGCGGGCGGCGGCGGCCGGGCCGCCGGGGGAGGGCGGCGGCGUCGUGAGGGGCCGCGCCGGGAGGCCGGGGGUGGCGGCGGCGGCGGGGGCCGGGUCGCGGCAGGCCAGCACCGAGACGCUGGACAGCCCUAGUGGAUCACAUGUUGAAUGGUGCAAACAGCUGAUAGCUGCAACGAUUUCUAGUCAGAUUUCUGGCUCUGUCCCUCCAGAAGGCGUGUCCAGAGACUACAGGGUGUUCAGGAGGCCUGACAUACGGGAGAUUCAGGAUGGACACAAUGGCUAUCAUUCUGAAGCAGAAGCUGAUCAGGCACUGCGGGAUGGAAACAAACUAGCACAGAUGGAAGAGGCUCCCCUUUUUCCUGGAGAAUCCAUCAAAGUUAUUGCUAAAGAUGUUAUGUAUAUCUGUCCAUUUAUGGGAGCAGUCAGUGGUACACUGACGGUGACAGACUUCAGAAUGUAUAUCAAAAGUGUUGAAAGGGAUCCACCAUUUGUUGUUGAUGUUCCUCUUGGAGUGAUAAGUAGAGUUGAAAAAAUUGGAGUACAGAGCCAUGGAGACAACUCAUGUGGUAUAGAAAUAGUUUGCAAGGAUAUGAGAAAUUUGCGGCUUGCCUAUAAACAGGAAGAGCAGAACAGAUUGGAGAUUUUUGAAAACCUUGUAACACGUGCAUUUCCUGUGUCUAAUGGACUGCCCCUUUUUGCAUUUAACUAUAAAGAAAAGUUUGCUGUCAAUGGAUGGAAAGUGUACGAUCCAAUGGCAGAAUAUAAGAGACAGGGCUUGCCCAAUGAGAGUUGGAAAAUAUCCAAAAUCAACAGCACCUAUGAGCUUUGUGAUACAUAUCCUGCUGUUCUUGUUGUGCCAACCAGUGUAAAGGAUGAUGACCUCUCAAAAGUGGCAGCGUUUAGAGCCAAAGGCAGAGUUCCAGUGUUAUCCUGGAUUCAUCCUGAGAGCCAAGCAACAAUAACACGGUGCAGCCAACCAUUGGUUGGCCCAAAUGAUAAGCAUUGUAAAGAAGAUGAAAAAUACUUACAGACAAUAAUGGAUGCCAAUGCUCAGUCCCAUAAACUUAUCAUCUUUGAUGCCAGGCAGAAUAGUGUUGCAGAUACAAACAAGGCAAAAGGUGGAGGAUAUGAAAGUGAAAGUGCCUACCCAAAUGCAGAGCUAGUCUUUCUCGAAAUUCACAAUAUACAUGUAAUGAGAGAAUCCUUGCGUAAACUUAAAGAAAUAGUUUAUCCUACUAUCGAUGAGACCCGGUGGUUAUCAAAUGUGGACUCAACGCAUUGGCUGGAAUAUAUAAGGAUGCUUCUUGCUGGAGCAGUAAGAAUUGCAGAUAAAAUUGAAUCUGGUAAAACAUCUGUGGUGGUACAUUGCAGCGAUGGUUGGGAUCGAACUGCACAGCUUACUGCACUAGCUAUGCUUAUGCUGGACAGCUAUUACAGAACUAUCAAGGGGUUUGAAAUCCUUAUAGAGAAAGAAUGGAUAAGUUUUGGACACCGAUUUGCAAUGAGAGUAGGACAUGGAGGUGAUGAUCAUGCUGAUGCAGACAGAUCUCCCAUUUUCCUUCAGUUCAUUGACUGUGUUUGGCAAAUGACAAAGCAGUUUCCUGCAGCCUUUGAAUUCAAUGAGUUAUUUUUGAUCACCAUUCUGGAUCAUCUUUAUAGUUGUCUCUUUGGGACUUUCUUAUGCAACUGUGAAAAAGAGAGAUUAAAAGAGGAACUAAGCACAAAGACUGUAUCGCUGUGGUCCUAUAUAAACAGUCAGUUAGAUGAAUUCACAAAUCCUUUCUACGUAAACUAUGAGAACCAUGUCCUGUAUCCUGUUGCCAGUCUGAACCAUUUGGAACUGUGGGUCAACUACUAUGUCAGAUGGAACCCAAGAAUGAGGCCUCAGGUUCCAAUCCAUCAGAAUCUCAAAGAACUCCUUGCCAUCCGGUCUGAGCUUCAGAAGAAGGUUGAAGAUCUGCAGCGGGAAGCUGCUACGCGGUCCAUUUCUUCCUCCUCUGACAGAGGUUCAUCUCCUUCCCACUCAGCAACACCAGUACACACUUCUGUGUGAUGCUUCGCACGGCUUUUGUUAUGCAGUUUAUGUCAGGUAAUGCAGAGAGGAGGGUGAAAUGUUUUUCCUGUCUCACAAGGAUCGUGAGUGACUUGUAAUUGCUAUGAUCUACAUGCCUUACUGUGUCUGAUAUUAUCAAGAUGAGGCCAAAAAGAGCUUCAAUAGAUGUGAUGUAUUUUCUUGUUGGCAGUUCCCACGUGUUUUGACAUCUCUAGCUAAAUCACCAAUUGUGAAAUUAAACUUGGUUUUGAGCAACUAACAAUUUAACCAUCCUAAAAAGGAAUCCAUCUGCCAAGCAGACAGAAAAAUGCCUCUCAUGCUGCCGAGGGUACCAUGUCUAGCUGGGAGAAUCAGACGAAAUGACAUGUGAUGCUUACACAGAACACUGAGAACAUUUUUCUGAAUGGGAGCUGCUUAUUUGACACAGGUUUUGUUUUUGUUUUUGUUUUUUUUUGGCUAGAGCAAUUGUGUUGUUUUCAGGUAAUUGAUACACUUGGAAAUUGAUUUUAAAGUAAUGUUUUCCGGUUUAAAGUAACGUUUUCCAGUGUAGUCGGUUUUGCAUUUCAACUGAAUAUGCCAUUAAAAGUGGAUGAAAUGAAGCUAGGUUUGUCAAAAACACCACGCUGACUUGUAUGAUGUAAUAUAUUUGGUAAAGCAUGUAUUUUAGGUUUUUUAAUGCCUUUUGUACAAGUUGAAAUAAAGUCUUUUGACAGCUUAGUUUAUGGUUCAGUUUCAGCCUCCUGAGCAAGGAGUAAACUUAAUCACGUCAAGGUCUUGUACAAAGUAAAAGUGUUUUCUAGCAAAUGGUAAUAUUUGGGGUUGAAAUGACACCCACCUGUGUAAAUUGUAUAGUCUGUAUAGCUCCACAUUUUAAGUGUUUUCUUUUGAAGUGUACACACCAAAUGCAAAGCUGUGUCCUUUAUAUAUACAUGUGUAUGUGAUGUUAAACAUAUGCAUACUCCCGUGUUUUUAAGCUCUAUGUUCAGAAAACGGAUCCUGCCUAUCCAAACUCUUUGAAAGACCUUAACUUGUAAUGACUUUGUCAAACAAAGUUUUUUUAAAAUAAUAUGAGCUUAAUUGGUUGCUUGAAAUAAAGCCGGUUGGCUGUUUUUUUUAAGUUGC